CUCUAUACCAGCACGUCCCACAGACGCCUGCCUCUGUCUGAGCUCCCCUUUCAGGAUAUGAGGCUUUCUCUCCUGGAGCCGUGACAGCGAUGGACACCUAUACACAGUAGAGGACACGAGUCAUCCGUACAACAAAAGGCCCUCUCCACGCUGCUAUGUCUGGGAUGGGGAGCCAAGUGGAGGAGCUGAAUGGAACUGACCUGUCUGGAGAGAGCUUUGUGAGGUUCAGCCCCACCUCCCUCUCCACCGGUGCCGCCGCAGCCACGUCUGGCCGCACAGAGAGCGUCUACAUCUACGUCUCCAUCUUCCUCAGCCUGCUGUUCUUCCUCCUCACCCUCCUCAUCAUCGCCCUACACAGGCUGAAGAACAUCAUCUCAUCCAGCUCGUCGUUUCCGGAAUGCAGCAGUGAGGCAGGAAGCUCUUUCACUAACAUGGAGAUCUGUAGUCUGUCUUCACAGAGGUCUACAGUAUCUUCACUCUCCUGCUGAAGGGAUAUGGACACAGACAAGCACACGCUCAUAACAAAUACAUUACGCUACAGGUUAUAUCGAAUAAGGACUUUUAACAUGAAGUAACGUGAUAAUUCUUAAACUGACAGCUGACAGCAGCAUUACCGUGUAUGUACAGAAAGACUUUGAAUAAAAAAGUUUCAAAGGUGA